GGCAAUUGCGUAUUGAAUAGAUAAAAGUAGUUUUUCUCUAUUAUUUUUAUUUUCAAGCGUUGACUAUGUGAUCGAGUUUUAUCACAGGGCUAACAAAAAUUAUGUUACAAUAUAGUGAAUUACAAAAAUGACGUUCAAUGUUGGUUUGACGGAAGUCAUACGAAAAUCGAGUCUAAAAUGGCUGCUUGAUUUAUUUAUGUUUGGAUGAUUACAACAUCAAUAUGUGAAACAGAGUUAUGGGUACCGUUAGGACUAGUUAUUUAUUAUUCUAUAUUUCUAAAAUGUAGAGUAUAUUGUCGCACGAAAUUAAGGUGUUCAAAAUGACUCUAUUAUUAUGGUUUACCAUCUGUUUCAUGGCCACUUUGUUGCCAUCGAUAAGUUGUCUGCAUCUUACCGGACUUUGGCAGAGCAAAGAAUUUUUCCUGUUUCUCACAAAAUUUGGCUUUCAGAAAACAGACCCAAAAGAAUUGGAAAAUACACAGGGUUACAUUUAUGGCAACAUUACAGAAGCGAAUUCUAAAAACUCAAGCAAAGCUCUCCAGUUGGUGGUUGUUGAUAGUGAAUACUUUUUAGAUUUCUAUGGUAACAGCUCCAUAACAACUUCAAAUGCCUGCUCUGCUAUGUUUCAUAAAAUUGAUCAUAUAGCUUUUGAUUAUGUCUGCAAAGCAGAUGGUGCUGAAGAUUUUCUUAGAAAAAUACCUUGCCCUAUAAACCAGCUAUGUUUUGAUGAAGAUAACCCUGCCAAUGUUGUUCCAGGUUACCAGUUUACUUACAAAAUACGUGAUGUGCAGAGACCCAGAUUCUGGUAUUUGAGUUUUGUAUCCUGCUACCGGGAUAUUCAAGGAAAGAAAAAAUGUGAAUGGCAAUCAAGUCAUGACUCAGAUUUAACAUUGAAGUAUGACAUCUGGCUGGUUAAUGGUAACCCUUCAGUUAAAGGACUCAACCCCUUUGAACAUCAGUUCUCAUUUGAACUUCAUGAUGUCUUUGAGAUUUACUUGAUUGCCUUCUUGAUAUGUAGUAUAAUAUUUCUGCUUUGGCUGUAUGCCUUCAGUAAACAGCGUCAUCUAAUCACUUGGCUCUUUACUUCCUGCAUAUGUGGAGAGCUGCUGAGCAUACUGUUGAAUUUAAUACACAUCAGUGUGUUUGCACACAAUGGGGUCGGAGCUGAGUGGCUUGGCAAGAUAGGGACCCUCUUGGAUCUAGCUACCCAAUGCCUUUUUAUGCUCCUGUUAAUUCUUUUGGCUAAAGGCUUGGGUAUCACCACUGAUCAGUUCAAAUGGAAAUCUGUGAUAUUCACUAUGUGGGCUGCUUACACUUUGCUCAAUGUCUUUCUUUAUAUUUGGAAUUUGGUUGAAAUUGACAACAUUUUAUCAAACACAGAUGAGUGGCAAACAUGGCCCGGAUAUGCUACAUUGGCAUUUAGAAUAGUUGUUAUGUUUUGGUUUUUGUAUGAGUUGCGACAGACAUUUGGCUUGACUGCACGAGAUGACAUGACGUUUGUAAUGCACUUUGGAGCCUUUUUUCUAGUUUGGUUCUCAUAUCUCCCUGCACUGGCUCUCAUCACAUUACAAGUUUCACCACUCUGGAGAUACAAGACUAUUCUUAGUAUCAAUUAUGCAGUGGAUAUCUUGGCUUAUGCUGUCCUUGUUCAUUUAUUUUGGCCUGCACGUUCUAUUUUGUUUAUUGUUGAAGGGGAGAGACCACUGCCAACGUAUGAUUUAGAAAUUACUGGACUUUUAGAUGACAUGCAGGAGGAAACUGAUGUAUUCAGCCGCCAAGGACUGGAACUUAAGGAAUACCCCAAGCAGCCAAAGCACAAAGAGCUUCAAUACAAGGCCAUGAAACCCAAAAAUGGAACACUCAAUGGCAGUUUGUUUAUUCAUGGUAAUUUGCAAUUUCGCCAUGAGAAGCGUUCUGAUGACGAUAAGGACUCAUGACAAGUGACUAUGGCUAGAUGCCUGAGAAGAACAUCUAUAUAGUGAAGGUUAGGAUCUGAACCAAAAAAUAUGAUUGACUUAAUCCUGACAAAUAUUCAUUGAUGCUUAUUUGCUUUCACCAACAUUGAGUAACAUUUCAUGUGCAUGGUAUAAAGGCUUCAAAGUAUCAGUGCUAAUAUGCAAAGAAGAUUUUGAUUUUGAUAUAUAUCUUUUGUUUUCUAGCUGUUAACAUUAAAUCUGCUGGGGAAAUUGGGAUUUUGAAACCAUAACAUUUUGUCAACUCAAAAUACUUCAUCGUGGGAACUACAUUUGUAAUUUUUCACUUUAGCAACCAAUAGAUUGUACAAUACAAUUUAGAAACAGAUUGGCAAUAUUUGCCUUAUGUCCAUGCCAGUUAAAUUAGUGUCCCUCUCAGACACAGAGAAUAUAUUUUGUGAUGCUCUUAUCAAUAGUCAGAGAUGUUUGUUUGCUCCUGCUUUGAAAUUUGUUAAUACCGGUAAUGGUAUUUGAUUUUUUAAAAAGUAUUUUAUUUAAUCAUCAUCAUCUAUAGAUAGUGAUGUUUUAGCAUCAACUGUUAGCAUAUAAUUGUGUAAAUUUCCUCAGAAAUGAAUGGAGUUUUGGGUAAAAGGCAUGUUUUUUUUUUUA